AUGAUCAACCAAGUCAAAGAAGAUGUCUUAUCUGCCUUCAAAGACUUACAUCCUGGUGCGCAGGCAUUCUUCACCUUUGAUCAGUCGACGAACCAUGCAGCCUUUGCAUCUGACGCUUUGCGUGCCUCAAAAAUGAACCUGAAACCUGGUGGAGCACAGGCUCGUCUUCGACAAGGAAAGUUGUCCGACGGCACACCUCAAAGCAUGGUGUUUGAUCACGACCAUCCACUCAGUGGUCAGGCUAAGGGAUUGCAGCAAGUUCUUCUGGAGCGGGGUUAUGAUAUCAAAGAGUUAAAAAUGCCACUUACCUGUAAGCAACCAAACGUCGGCACAAAUCGCGGAGACGUGCUCUUGUGCUGUGCGCGCCACUGCAUGGCAUCACAGGAGGACUUUCGUAUUCAAAUGUCCCUACUGGAAGAAACAAUCAUUCAAGCUGGACACAUUUGUGCGUUUUUGCCAAACUUGGGAUACGACUAUGAGCUGACAAAGUUCGCGCACAAAAAGUACAAGAGCCAUAGAAGAAUCCCACAGCUUCUCUUUCAAGAAAAGGAAAAGCUUGUAGAAGAAAUGCAAUCAAAGCGAGAAGCCAAGUAA